AUGACGCGCAUCAAACGUUAUAGCGCCACUGUGGGUUUCUUUGGCCCUCCCAAGACCAACCCAUCAACGUCAUCAACCAACCCGUCCAAAGGUCCGACCGACUCUGCUCCUGCAGUCAAGUUCGACAAGGAGAAAUGGGUUGCCGGCCUGAGCGAAGAACAGAAGACACUGCUCAAGCUUGAGAUUGAAACAUUGCACGAGAGUUGGCUUGCCGUACUCAAAGAUGAAAUCACGACCAAGUCAUUCCUCGAUCUGAAGAAAUUCCUCAAAAGCGAAGCCGAGGCCGGCAAGAAGAUAUUCCCUCCAUCAGAAGAUGUCUACAGCUGCACCGUCAAGGCCGUCAUCCUUGGCCAGGACCCAUACCAUAACCUCAAUCAGGCCCAUGGCCUUUGCUUUUCCGUCAGACCCCCGACCCCUGCUCCACCAUCUCUCCAAAACAUCUACAAAGCAUUGAAAAAGGAAUACCCGUCCUUCGAGCCUCCGCCGAACAAGGGAGGCUUGCUCACACCCUGGGCUGACCGUGGCGUCCUGCUGCUGAAUACAUGCCUCACCGUUCGCGCCCACGAAGCGAACUCGCAUUCCGGGAAGGGCUGGGAGAAGUUCACACAAAAGGUCAUUGAUCUGGUCUGCCAGAAGCGUACUCACGGUGUUGUCUUCUUGGCCUGGGGCUCUCCUGCACAGAAGCGCUGUGCAGGUAUCAAUGGCUCGAAGCACUAUGUGCUUAAGAGCGUCCAUCCCAGUCCUCUGAGUGCCCACAAGGGCUUCGCAAACGAAUGGCUCAAGGAGAGAUAUGGCGACGAUGGUGUGAUUGACUGGAAUCUCAAUCUUGCUCCUGAAGACGCAGGCAGGCUGAGAAAGCGCAAGGCCAGAACAGAAGUCUCGGAUUCAUCAGACUCAUCAGACUCCUCAUCAUCGUCAGAGUCUGACAGCAGUGAUUCGGAGCCUACACCUAAGAAGCAGACUGUCGUCAAAUCCAAGGCAAAGGCCAAUACCGUACAAAGGUCACCAUCAAGGUCAUCCUCACCAGAAGAAGAUCAGACCACCACUCCCUCUACAAGUGGACCUCAGGUCGGAGACACAAAGGCCGAAGAUGCGUUCACCUCAUUCUACCUCCGCCAGAUGACAACCGAGUUUGCCGAGGACCUCGACAAGAUCCGCUCAGCAGGCGACUUCAACGACAAGUCUCUUGGCUUGCUGAUUGGCGCACUGAAGCAAGGCCGGGAAUGCUUCGACCGACACGACAGAUUGGCUGUUGGCAAAGCUAUCAUCGCUGCCAGUCAGUGA